AUGACGUCCCACUUCUCGCCGUCCAAGCAAGAAGCCAGCGACACUUUUGUGUCGACGCCAGUUUCCGAGUCCAUCGAAGCGUCGAUACUUAGCAGUCUGCCAGUAGGCACCCCCCCGGCCACGCUAUCGUCUACGGCGCCUACUUCAGCUACUGCUACUUCACACCCGUCGAAAUUACGCCGACCAGGCAAUGGCAAUGGCAAUUUGACGAAUUACCAGCGUAAACUAAUAUGUGAAUUUUACCGUAAAAGUGGCGGGGUCAUGUCGCAGAAAGAUUUGGCCCAGUGGACCAAGCACGAGUUUAACCUCAAGAAGACGCCGGCCCAGUCAACAAUAUCGGGCAUCCUCCGUCGUCAGCACGAGUUUAUCAACAUGAGUUCACUUGAACUCGGUAUCAAAAAGCGUCGCGUCGUGCAGCACCCGCAACUCGACAGUGCAUUGGCCAAUUGGGUCAUCCAGAUGGCCGGGCGCGGGCAGACGGUACAGGGCGACUUGACAAAAGAAAAAGCCAAAGAAUUUGCCAAGAUGCUCGGGAUCCCCGACUCGGAACAGCCGGAAUUUUCCAACGGAUGGCUACAUUCGUUCCAAUUGCGGCACAACUUUAGUUUUCGGAAAUUCAAUGCCGAUCACCAUCAGCAGCAGCAGCAACUGCAUCAUCCGCCUCAGCAGCUGCUGCUUGGUGGCAGGAGCAGCAGCUCCAGUAUUGGCAAGCUGGAGGAUGCUGAAGUCGCAGCUGCAGGCGCAUCCAUUGGGAUGACUUCGAUGAACCACCCUCGACGCACGGCUCUUGCAACUUCCAAAGUGCUUUAUUGGACCACGAUGGACGCGCUGUAUAAUGAAAGCGACAAGUACGACCCGAAGGACGUGUUUGCGGUGGAAGAGACGCCCGUGCUGUAUACCAUGCCUCCAGUACAGAAUGCGUUGGCUGAAGGACGGAUGCGCUGCAAGAAGCGCUUUGUCGUGUCAUUGGCUGCAAAUGCCGAUGGAUCGGAGAAGCUCCAGCCCCUUUUUGUCUCGCAUCGGGAACAUCCCAAGUGCUUUCGCAAGAAAACAGCGGAGCAGCACGGACUGCACUACUUUAGUAACAACAAGGCGUGGAUAACGGGUGUGAUCUUUUCACGCUGGCUGCAGCGACUCGACUUUGCCAUGGCGAGUCAGAAACGCCGCAUUUUGCUGUUUAUUAACGACAUGCCAUCGCAUGUGGUCACGCACCUCGACUUGACAAAUGUCGUGGUGUUCAUUUUCACGCCUGCAGUCAUGCAGAUGCUCAACCCUAUUACUUGUCGUGUCGUGACGGCGUUCAAAAAGCGCUUUCGUCGCUACCAUUUACGUCAUGCAAUUGACAAGGCCGAAGCAAAAAACGUCAUGUUUGACGUUGACGUGCUUCAAGCAAUGAAGUGGGCGGCAAUGAGCUGGGACGAAAUCACGACGGAGACGAUCAAGCGGGCUUGGAUUCCUACGCAAUUGGUGCGCAACCGCGUGCAGAUGGACGAGCACGAGUUGUUGCAGGAAGAAGAAGAGAUUCUGCUGGAUACGGAGCUCGAGCAUUUGAUGAUGUUCUUGCACCUUGCCAAUCCUGUUCCAAUGAUGGAGUAUUUGGACGACGAGACCAUGUCGGACUACCCAGUGCACGAAGAUAAGUUUGACGUUGUGUCUAACGUGUGUGAAGUGCCUGAAGAUGAAGUGGAUGAUGCAGUCGAAGAAAGUCCGGGACGGACAUUGUCGCUGCAAGAGAAACUGAAGGCGUUUCGUGAUGUGCUGCACGUCUUGAAGGACCGAAGUGAUGCCGAUGACAGCGCUUUAAAUGCGAUUCGACGAGUACAAGAUGCAAUUCGUCUGGAAGGUCAGAAAGAGGCUAUGGGGACACUAAAUGGUACCACUGGAGACGUGAAAGACGUGUUCGGUCUUGACACAUCGAGUGACAGUGCCACUGCUUCUGCUCACGCGAUGAUGGCACUUGAACCUGACAGCCAGCAGCACAUGGAUGCAUCUGCGCUGCUGGACUCGUCCGAGAGCUCAGCUCUUUCUGCAGCGUCAGCCUCUUUAGCCGAAGGAGCUGGCGACCACACGAGUGGCAUGAUGGACGGAGCUGUGGAUAGUAGCAAUCGACAGCAACGUUUCCACGCCGUGAUUUAG